AUAUGAAACUGAUUGCGGAUUGUCCAGACUCAGAUCUUCCUGCCAACUUUGUGUUUGCUCUGAGAAUCAUGACAUUGAAGUUACCAAUGCAAUAUGGACUGCCAAACCAGCCACUGUGACCUCCUCGACGACGACGACAACCUCGGUAUCCUCUUCAGCCUCAGUCACUGGUACCAGGAGCUUGCUGAUCUCGAGGAUAAGCUCUUCAUUCACCUUGCAGGCAUCCUCGGCUUUUGGUGUCGAGGGGUCGACCAAUGGCGCUUCAACGACAAGGACCUCAUACUUGUCCUCGACAACCGGAGCAUCGGGUUCUACGGGUGCAGCGACAGCCUUAGGGGUGACCGGCAUGUCAUCCACCAUGGGCUUCUCCCACUCAGGGAAACCCCUUGGACGGCUAGCACAGGAACCCAUAGCCCGUUAUGGAUUGCUCCGGCUGUCGAUCGCUGCCGGACCCGACCACCGACCGGCGCGUUGGUGCCUUGGCAGCGAACGCGGGGAAGAAUGGUGGAGGGGUACCGACGGCUGAGGAGGAAGGGCUAUUUGUAGUAGAGGAGCAAGGAAAUUUGUUGGGCAGUAACAAGAGGAUAAGGAGCAGACCAUAAUUAGGACAUGCUUUGGCUGUUUUCCCGGGCUUUUCUG